GGGAAAUUCCUGCAGUGAGGCUGAAGUCUCAGAGUGGGGAGGGAGGGAGAGAGGGAAAGUUACUUUCUUCCUGUUACUGCAUCUUGUCUGAGUUUAUAGGAGGAGAUUCCGCUGAGUGACGUAGAAUGGCAGAGCUAAGCGAUGAGGCCAGUGAGACAGAGAUGCUAGGCAGCAGUCUGUCCAUUUGGUAUGGGGAACCCCUGGACGUCAUCGAACUUCCUCUGGAUGUCCACACAGCGGCUUCUAUUGGGGAGUGUGAUGUGGUAAAGCAAUUUGUGAACAGGAAGGACAUUGACCUGAAUCAGCCAAACUUAGGUGGAUGGACGCCACUUAUGUACGCCUCCUACAUCGGCCAUGAUGCUGUGGUUAGCUUGUUACUGGAAGCAGGUGUAGAUGUGAAUUGCUGUACACCCAGUGGGCAAACUCCUCUCAUGUUGGCAGCCAGCUGUGGGAAUGAAAGUGUGGCUUAUUUUCUUAUACAGCACGGAGCUAAAUUGGAGGUGAGAGAUUCCCGUGGCUGGACGGCUCUAUUCCACUGCACUAGUGCAGGACACCAACGAACCUUGCGGUUUCUCCUUGAAAAUGGGGCGAAUGGGGACAUCAGGGAGCCAGUCUACAGCUUUACUCCGCUCAUGGAAGCUGCCGCAUCUGGACAUGAAAUCAUCGUACAGCACCUACUGAACCAUGGAGUGAAGAUGACCACCACCGAUCAGAACGGGGAUACUGCGCGCAUGCUUGCUGCUCGCUACGGCCAUUCCAGAAUCGUGUCUAUGCUGGAUUCUCACCGUAACCGCGCGUCCCGAGCACAGAAGGGAUUAGUGCGGCGUGAAGAGUUUAGCUCUUCAGAUGAAUCUAUCUCUUCGCCCCAACGUCCUAGACCUCAACGCAAGGUCAAAGGCCCCAGCAUUCAUGAUGGACCCCAAGCCUUGGCCAAGAUUACAGGCAGUGUAAAUCCGGUUUCACAUGGCACAGGCAAGCUCCCUCCUCAGGGAUAUGUCACCUUCAAUAACUUAGACCAUGACUCUGAACUAGAUGAAGACCUGCGUUUUCGGGAUGUUACAUCCCCUAUCAACGAUCACGAUGUGGAGAGCAAUGGAAGUAGCCGAGAUGAGGGGGACAGUAGUAGCAGGGAAGGACCAUGCCCUAAAAGUGGUGUGAGCAGCGAAGCAUCGCUAGAAAGUAAUGAGGAUUCUGAUCCAGUUUUGGAAACCAUCAGCCGUAAACCCUCCAAAACACACGGCAAGGGAAAAACGAGAAAUGGGGAUUUACACCCCUGUGUCAGAGCCUCAAAUGGCCGUAUGCCAAAAAUACCAAUUCAAGAAUCUCCAGAAUACACCGGGCCGAAGGAUCUGGCAGAACUGCUGGAUCAGAUCGGUUGCUCCAAGUACCUUCCAGUUUUCCAGGAACAAGAUGUGAAUCUGCGAAUCUUCCUCACCCUCACAGAGACUGACCUGCGGGAAGUUGGCAUCACCCUAUUCGGUCCCAAAAGGAAGAUGACAUCAGCCAUUGCCCGAUGGCAUAGUUCUGCCCGACUCCCAGGUGACAGUCUGGAGCAGGCAUACGCUGACCGCCUGGAAGCAGAGAUGCAAGAACUGGCUAUACAGCUCCAUAAGAACUGUGAAGAAACAGACCUUCUGAAAGCACAGGUAGCUCAAGAGAGGGAGCUGAGAGCUGUGGCUGAAAGCUGUCUGAUGGAACAGGACACCACUUGCAGAGCCGUCUGGGGCAAACUUCAGGCAACGUGCCAGUUAGUCACAGAUACACAGUAUGCCAUGACUCGGCUCAGGUGCUGUACGAAAGAACUAUCCCAUCGUCUUGGUAAACCAACUGUACCCAGGACAAGAGUUCAAGGCUCAAAGGCUGCAGGACUGGAUGCGGCCUCUUUGACGUCCAUGAGCAUGCUGGAGCUCUCAGCGUCUCUGGAGGAAAGCACCACAAUUUUAGAGGAAGCCUUGCGAGCUGUACAGGAAAACGUGGAGAAGAUGAAAAAAGCAGAUAAGGGACGACGCAAGUGGCCUGAUCCCUGACCUGUGAGGAGCGAUUUUUACUAUACCUCAGACGGCGGGUGAAGUUCUCCACCCCGAAGAUAUCUAAUGCCAGUGCAUUGUGAUCACAGUGGUACAAUGUGCCUAAAUUGCCUGAUGACUACUGUCCGAACGCUACAGCACACCGUGAUUGCUGGGUAGUGAGGUGGUAAGCGUCGGGCUGGCAGUUUUAUUGCGACGUCCUACAGCGCUCUCUUCAAGAAGAAAUGGAGGAGAGCACCGAGCCUUUUUAAUAGACGUUUUUAGAUGAAUUGAUCUGCAAAAGCCUUUUAAAGGAAUGGUGAAAUAGGCUGAUUGCAUGUAUUUUAAAGAAUAUAUUGUAUUCUGCUCAAAAUAGGUCUUUUAUUACAGAGGGGUUAAUAAUGGUUGUGUAAAGGAACAUUAUUUGUUUUUUGAUGUUUCACAUGUGUAUCAGCCAGCAGAAACAUUGCUUUGGAUUCUGUUGGGGCAAAUUAACAUUUAGAACUUUGUUCAAGAAUGGGUUAUUUGUCUAUAACCCACAAUGAAUCCAAACUCUGCAUGGGAAAUGUUUUAUAUAUAUAUAUACAGUGUAGCAUCGUUUUUAUACCCUCACAAUAAUAAACUGCACAUGAUCAUUUUAUUUUAUUCUCUAUGUGCUUCUACUGUGAUUUGGGCCAAGCGAUGCAGUCUCUGUGGCCCAGGAGCUGCAUGUGGCUCUUUUACCUACAGAACAAUUUAAGAUAAUUUAGAACUUUACGUUCAGAUGCUUCUUGCAUAUUGUGAACUUGUCUUAUUCAGCACAGGUGAAGCUCGGUAACAUCCGUUAAUAGUCAUAAUUAUGGGUGUUACCGACCUUAAAGUGACACUCCAGGCACCUGGCAACUUUAAUGUGUAUUUACAUUUUAAGUUAUGAUCACGAUCUUACUCUGAUAAUUAUACAUGGUAAAGGUUUUCCACACUUUGCAUUGAAAAAAAAAAACAAUUAAAAAAUGAAUGUUUUAGCUGGCAAGUGUAGCUCCUGCCUUGCUGAGAGCACUACUUGCAUGCAGUUUCAGUGUAAAUGCAUGUGGCAAGACUGCUUAUAUCAAAGUGCCUUCCAUAGUGGACAUGUGAUUGGAUUUUGAAGCCCAUUCUCGGUUGCUAUGAAGGCUAAUCGCAUCAUGCUGCAAAUAGAAUAAUUUUACUAAUACAAUUUCAAGAACAACCUUGAG